AUGCAUGAUGCUUUCAAAGUAUCAGUUGCACUGGACAACUUACCCAAGAUUGACACUAUAUUCGCUCAUGGCAACAAACUGCUCGUAGGAUCAGCAGGUUCUUUAAUGGUAUAUCAAGUGAAAGACCCAACAGGAGACGAUCCGUUAGAGGUUACCCUAAUCGAGACACACAAGACUUUCUCAAGGCGUUCCAUUGAUCAAUUAGAUAUCAUUAAAGAAAGCAAUGUCUUGGUCUCGCUUGCAGACGGAAGCAUCAGCUUGUUUGAUCUAAAAACUUUUGAACUACAAGAGCAACUGUCAAGAACUCGAGGAGCUAACAUUUUUGCGGUUGAUACACAAAUAGAAGAGGAAGGCGUCGUCCCUGUAAUUGUGACGCGUCUUGCUGUGGGAGAAAUAUCAAUACCAGACAGAGUGCGCACGAUGGUAUGGGUUGGCCUUAACAAGCUUUGUCUAGGAUUCCCCAGCGAAUAUGCAUUACUGGACAUUGAAUCUGAAGUGCUGCAUGAAUUGUUCGCUACAACCAGUUCGCCAACUGCUGGUGCAUUUACUUCCUACGGCAUUGGAUAUAUGGGCAUGUCCAUUGCAGGGAGAGCCAGUAAGCCGUUGAUUACUAAGCUGCCAAAUAACGAGAUUCUUUUAGCAAAAGACAGUGCGUAUAUUUGA